UUGACGACGCACGGACCAUUCGUGUCAUACGCCGCGACGUAUACUCGAAACGGAGGAUAAGCCAUCGAUACAAGUUACUAUAAAAUUUUACUCUCCCUUCCAGUUCCUGUUGCGAAUCAAAAAUCAUGGCGAGGGACGCGGCUGCCGAUCAACUCAAUAAUUACAAGGAGAACCUCAAGCCAUGGUAUUCGAACGAGUCGAAGAUACAAACAAUUUUUGGACAGACGAAGGAGAAGGGUGGACCGCCAGCUUUGUUGACCGGAAACGGUACGCCAAUUGCUAACAAAAAUGCGUCGCUCACGGUCGGAGAAAGAGGCCCUAUCCUCAUACAGGACCACGUCUUCUUGGACGAGAUGUCUCACUUCAACAGAGAAAGAAUCCCGGAACGUGUUGUCCAUGCGAAGGGAGCUGGUGCAUUUGGCUACUUCGAAGUGACUAAUAAUAUCACCCAGUACACAAAGGCCAAGAUGUUUUCUGGCGUUGGGAAAAGGACACCUCUCGCUGUCAGGUUUUCCACUGUCGGUGGAGAGAGUGGAUCAGCGGAUACAGUCAGGGAUCCUCGUGGUUUUGCUGUAAAAUUCUAUACGGAAGAAGGUAUUUGGGACCUGGUGGGAAACAACACUCCGAUAUUCUUCGUCAGUGACCCUCUACUAUUCCCGAGUUUCAUUCACACGCAAAAACGAAACCCGACGACUCAUCUCAAGGAUGCUGAUAUGUUUUGGGAUUUCAUAAGUCUGCGCCCAGAGACAACGCAUCAAACAAUGAUUCUGUUCAGUGACCGAGGAAUUCCCGAUGGGUUCCGUCACAUGAACGGAUACGGUUCGCACACUUUCAAACUCGUAAACGACCGUGACGAGAUGGUUUACGUUAAGUUCCACUUUAAGACGGAUCAAGGAAUCAAAAAUCUGGACGUGGACAAAGCCGGACAACUCAGUGGAUCCGAUCCUGAUUAUGGGCUCAGGGAUCUCUACAACGCAAUCGCGAACGGCGAGAAUCCUUCCUGGUCAUUAUACAUCCAAGUCAUGACUCCAGACCAAGCCGAGACCUUCAGGUGGAAUCCGUUCGACGUGACCAAGAUCUGGCCGCAGAAGGAAUUCCCCCUGAUAGCUGUGGGCAAAAUGGUCCUAGAUCGUAAUCCGGUUAAUUACUUCGCCGAAGUUGAGCAGAUUGGGUUUGACCCUGCCCACAUGGUGCCCGGGAUUGAGCCUAGUCCCGACAAGAUGUUGCAGGGACGUCUGUUUGCCUACGGUGACACUCACCGAUACCGCAUUGGUCCCAACCACCUACAGCUCCCUGUUAACUGCCCCUACAAGGUGAUUUCGGCGAUGAAUUAUCAGCGCGACGGUGCGAUGAGUUUCCACAACCAAGGAGGAGCCCCGAAUUAUUUCCCAAACAGUUUCAGCGGUCCCAAGGAGUGUCCAGCCGCAAGAACGCCGUCGUUCCACGUCAGCGGCGACGUUGCAAGAUACAACGACGAUACUGACAAUUUUGGGCAGCCAGCUCUCUUCUGGAGGAACGUUUUGACCAAAGAGGAAAGACAGAGACUCGUCGACAACAUUGUAGGCCACGUAAAGAACGCCUCAAACUUCAUUAUCGAACGUGCCGUGAAGAACUUUACCCAGGUUGACGCCAAUUUUGGAAAGAUGCUGAUAGAGGGACUGAAUAAGGUUGGAAAACUGAAAGGAUUCAGCGCCAACCUCUGAGGUGUAUCGAGCGCCUAAAAUCAAACAAAUAACGAAUACCUUGGGGGAUAAUAUUUAAUGAUAAAAGUGAAAACGACUUGGUGCUCGAGGGAUUUUUCUUAUUACUACCGUUGCUAUUACCUUUUUGCUUAAAAUAAUUGCAAUAACGUCACCGUACGUUGAACGCAGGUGUAUGUGUAUGUAUUUCUCCCUUGGCUCUAUUCGUCUGAUUAUCUGUUCUUUUAUUUUUAAUCCUUAAUCGUAUUAAGUUUCGUUAUUUUUUAUAUAUAUAUUUUGUUUUUUCUCUUUGCAAUUUAUACUUAAUACCGCGUUACAUGUAUGACCUAGGUAUGCGUCACAAACAUGUUCGACAUGUUGUACUAUGCUCGUAACGAUUGUUGGAUGCAAAGGUUUGUUGCAGCAUUCUGUUGAUGCUAUAAAGUGGUAAAAAUAAAACCUUAUAUUUUCACCCUA